AUGGCCACUGUUGACCUGGUCUGCGCACGCUGUCGCGAGAAGAAAAUCCGCUGUGGGCGAGAGAAAGGCCAGUGUGCCAACUGUAGGCGUGAUGGGGUGGAAUGCAAUUACUCGGCCACAGGCAAGCGCGUGAAUCAUUUCAAAUUGCUAUGUGCCAGUGUCUCCAGCCUUGAAGAUCGCUUGAACACCAUCGAAGGGGGGAUGGCUAAUCUCCUCUCGUUUGGAGAGGACGACCGAAGGGCAAGCGAGGAGGGAAAAACAUCACAGGUGCUAGAUUGUCACAUCAUCCGCGAUCGUCUUGCGCAAACAGACCGUUACCAUGGGCCAGGGACAUUGCUCAGCCUCUGCCACCAGUUCCGGACGAUGGUGAUAGACCAUCUUUCAGCAGUGGCAACAGAGACUGCGCCAGAUAGUAAAGGUCAGGCUCAUCAACCGGUGUGGGAUGCCAUAGACCAGCAGCUGAGCAGCCUGUGCACGGAAGCGGGCAACGAAAAGCCUAUCUUUGGUGGAAAGCUAGAGAGCAUUUCCAUUCGUCUGCCUCGAAUAACGUUGGUGCGGAUGGUUGAGUUGCAGUUCUUUCAGCGAUACGACGAGGUAUGGACGAUAUGCCUGCAUAUUAUCAUUCUCCUGGUCCUGGGCCCAGAGACAAUCCUCCAGGGCAGCGCAUCGGGCAGUUCUCGCAGCUUCACACACCCAACAUACUCACGUUGCAUGUCGCCCUGGCCAGUUUCCGGAUCCUGA